CCGUCGAUUGGGAGCUCGGGAGAGAUAAAGGACGAAGAAAUCGACGCUGCUUCCGCUCCGUGUUGCCGCAUCUGCCUCGAAUUUGAUUCGGAGCAAGGUGAUGAGUUGAUAUCGCCCUGCAUGUGCAAAGGCACUCAGCAGUUUGUUCACCGAUCAUGCCUUGAUCAUUGGCGGUCCGUCAAGGAAGGAUUCGCAUUUUCCCACUGCACAACAUGCAAGGCACAAUUCCAUCUCCGAGUUGAGCAGUUGGAAGAUGAUUCCUGCCGUAAAAUGAAGUUCCGCUUCUUCGUUGCACGAGAUGUUCUCCUUGUAUUCCUUCUUGUACAAAUUGUGAUUGCUAUCAUAGGUGGAUUUGCGUACUACUUAGACCAAAAUGGGAACUUCAGAAACAGCUUUAGUGAUAGCUGGGAUCGCAUACUAUCGAAACAUCCGAUUCCCUUCUAUUACUGCAUAGGUGUCGUCGUAUUCUUCGUGAUGCUAGGAUUUCUGGGCCUGAUUCUUCAUUGCUCGUCCUUCAGCAACAACGACCCCUGCUUAGCGGGGUGCCGCAACUGCUGCUACGGGUGGGGCAUCCUCGACUGCUUCCCAGCUUCAAUGGAGGCUUGCUUUGCCCUCUUCAUCAUUUUCGUCGUCGUCUUUGCCAUUCUUGGAAUCGCUUAUAGUUUCCUCGCUGCGACGAUGGCACUUCAGAGGAUCUGGCAGAGACACUAUCACAUCCUGACCAAGAGAGAGCUCACAAAGGAAUACGUGGUAGAAGACCUGCAUGGGUGCUAUACGCCGCCGAAGAUGGAUCGAGAACACGAAGAGCGCCUGAAAAUGCUGCAGCUUCUGUAAAUGUUGUGGUAAUGUAUAUAUAUAUAUAUAUAUAUAUAUAUAUAUAUCUUUUUAUGCCCCUAAAUGUGCUGCUGUGCCCUUUUCUGAAUUUUGUUUAACUAAGUUGUGCCCAAAUCCUUGUUUUCCCUCAUUUUCGCGCUUCGAUACUGUCUCUGGAGUAUAUAAUAAGCUGCUCAUUUGUUCCCCUGUUUUUUUAAAAUCUUUUUCUGUUUAUGAAUCUGUAACUGUUGAACUCUUCAGAAUGAAUAUAUCACCGUUUGUUUGGCUUUACAUUUUUAA